AUGUAUUCUACCAACUCAACUAGUAUGUCACAUGGUAUACAGUCACGACAUCCGAAGGACAAUAAAUGUACUUGCAAGCAAGAAGCAUGUCCUCUUAAUUCGGCAAAGUUCACACUAAGUUCAAUGUCAGAUGGGGUUGUAGCCUGUGGAUUGAACAAUGUUCUCGUGAAACGUACAUCAACCUGGGAUACGAAGGACGAGGAGCUUCUCCUAAAGCUUUUUCUGAUGUACUUUGGCAACGACUGGGCGCAGUAUCGUCAGUUCUUUCCAACACGUACCGUAGAUUCCAUUAAAAGUAAGUUUCAUAACCUAGUGAGGGCUACACACCGAAAGCGUUCUAAGAUACAUAGCAAGAGUCACCAGAACAUUGUCAUUAUGAUAAAACGGGCGCAGGAGCUCAUGAAGGACGACGUGAAGAGAGGUCAAUCUGACACCAAGCAAAAAGUACAUGGUCCCGCGUCUCCUCGUGCAGCACGCAAGGACAAAUCUUCCGAAGCUGCCCAUAAAGAGCCCCAUCUAGUGCCUGUCCUUCUCGAUCCAUUGAAAAUCCUGUCUCCUGCAAAAGUACAAUUAAAUGAGCUGCCACCCUACCUCAUCCAGCUUCCCUGUCCGCCUCUAUCACCCACAGGCCCUCUGCCAGGACAGGGCGAGCUCCCUAGUCCAAGCCCCUUGUUAUUACCUUCACACAAUCGCCCAGUGCAUCCAAAUAUUUCUCAACAUCGUUCACCUGUAGAAACUAGUGCGAUCUCAAAAGAUUCUCCCAUGGAAUCCACUGGGGUGCCGCUGCUUUACAUGGAGAGUGGGUGCUUAUUCUCCUUCCCCAUCAACUACUUUGGUUCUAUAACACUGCCUUUCGUUUUUAGUGAGCUAGGCGGAUCUGUACCUUCUAUGGUACAUCCCCUGCAUCAGCAUCGCGAAGAACAGAAGUCACCGGAGCCCAUCUUCACUACUGUUGGGCUAGUAAAGCUCGAAGAAGGUUCAUACCUGAAUGCAUUGUGCAGACAAUGCGGAAGCAUUCAAACGCUCCGUAUCAUGAGAGCUGGUGACAUUCUUACCUUUAGCUCAGUACAUAAAGGAGAUUCUGGAAGACCCUCCGCACCGAACCCGCUCAGCCCAAUUCACAAUAUUGUCUGCAUAUGCCCCGUUUGCACGACGUCUGCAGAGCUGAUAAAAGAGGCAGGUAAGUAUGUAUGGAAACUACGAUAUUCUGCGGCUCCCCAAACACCAUCAGAAUCAUCAAUCUCGGCAGCGGCAUGUCCCACGUCUGGUGCAGACCAGCUUGGUUUUGCAGCAUCUCAAGGUCCUGCCUCAAGAAUGCAUGUAAGCUGCUGCGACGAUGAGCCUCCACUUUGUCAGAACUUUGAAGCAGAUUCUAUCGAUUGCUUCAGCACGUCGACACACUCUUCCAACACACACAUGAGUGUUGGCACACCUUUGGGUGGCUUUGACACCUGUUCUAGCAGUCAUCCAGACUUUGCCGUCUGGUCCAGUACAUCCGUGUCAGCUGAGCACCUAAACUCGUCUACCAGUAAUCAGGCACUUGAGCUUGCUCUGCAAAGAAGCAACUUAUACUCCACUCACAGCAGCAGUCAGCUAGAAGCAGGCCCGGCGUCCACAGACGACCUCUCUGUCUCAUUCCCAUUACAGUAUCAAGAAUUACAAUACCAAGAAGAUCUUCUAUUUAAUACUGAUGCAGAUUGA